AUGAACAAUCAAUACUGUUCUGCGCAUAAAACUAUACCUUACAAUCUAGUAUUUGGACAAUUACCUCACAGUGAAACUAGAUUAGCUGAUAUUUUAAUAAAUAACAACUAUGAACAGGAAGAAUUAUUUAAUAAUGAUAAUGAGUCAUAUGAUUAUUUGUCUAUUUUAGAUGAUUACUAUAAUCAGGAUAAGUUAUAUAAUCAAACUGAAUCAUUAUUAUAUAAUCGUAAUCCAAAUAAUUCUUUUGCAGAUGACUUCGAAUCUAAACUUAAUUUAGAAGAUUCUAUUAUAUCUAAUAAUAAUGAUUAUGAUUUAAAUGAUUGGAAUAAUAAUGAUUUAAUAGAUUCACUUGAUAAUAUAAUUAAUUCACAAGAAACUAUUAUAUUUAGUAGUGAUUCAGAAAGUCAAUCUUAUCAUCAUACAGCCCAAGAAAAAGAAAAUGGCGAGAAUCAUCUAUAG